AACUAGAAGGGUCAUGCAGGCGUAGACGUACUCUCUUGUGGUGCUUUGAUAAACUAUAUAAAGAGGGAAUAUCUUCCUUUACUGACAGUCAUCAGCUUGUUCUUCUCUGUGUCAGCCACUCAUCACCUCAGCAAAGAUGGCAUCAGGCUUUCCGUUUGCUUUGUUGCUCUGUUUGUCCAUCGGACUGUUAGCUCCAUCUUGUCAUGGACAAAACUCCUGCCCAGGUCCCUGCCCUCCUGGUUGGACUCAGUUCGGCUCUCGCUGUUUCAGUUUCAACAUCCAGGGAAGGAAUUGGACCGAUGCAGAGAUCUUCUGCAAGGCCGCCGGUGGGAAUCUGGCUUCAGUCCACUCAGAAGAGGAAUAUUCCUUCCUCAAAACCUACAUUAACCAAGUGAGCGGUGUAAUCGAACGGACCUGGAUGGGAGGCUUUGACUCAGUGCAGGAGGGCGUGUGGAUGUGGUCUGAUGGAUCCACAUUCGACUACAAAAGCUGGGCUCCGGGGCAGCCUGACAACACCGACGGAGUCGAGAACUGUCUUGAGAACUAUAAUGACAAAUGGAACGACAAUUCGUGUCCCAAAGUAUUUCCUUUCUUGUGCUCCAAGAACCUGUGAGGCCUCCCUCCAUCAUGAUCUCACUACAGCUCAUCUAUAAUCUCUAUCAUUGAUUAGAAGGAAACUGACUGGACUUUUAAUCUAGUAAAUAACACAAAAUGAAAUACAGAAAACAUUUAAAUACUCUGACAUCUUUUCCAUUUUAGUUUAGUGAAUAUUGUCUGUCAGCUCUGUCCAAAGGUAACAACAUCCACCUACCAGACAUGAGUGGUGAUGAUCUCCUCUUCAAAAAUGUCCAAAUAGAAAAUAAAAUCCAAAUGUUGUCAGAACUUUCUGUGAUACAAGAGGAGUUUGUGGUGUGUUGGGUUCUUUAUUCAUCUGUUUUCCUUCACUUUAUAAUCAAUAAGCAUUAAAAAAUAAAAGACAUAUUGUCACAAACAGUG